AUGCAUAAGCUGGUGUUCUGUUGUCUCGUUAUUAUCAGCUUCUCCUGUCCUCUCUCGUCUCUUCCCAUCAUCAACGCCAGUGAGAUGUCUCAUCAACUCUCAGCUGAUGAAGACUCAAGACUAAAUCUGGAGCGGCUGGGCAGCCCGGGAAGCACUGCCCUGUUCCAGUUUCUGCCAGAGCUCCUGGGCACACUGACCGAAGACAGCAAAGCAGGUCUUAGCCCAAGCAGCUACAACCCACAGGAAAAUAUCAAAGAGACUUUCCACGGAAAUCAUCCUCGAAUUGCUCUGCUGGGCCGCUUCUUGACCAAGGACAGGAAACAGUACAAGAAACGCGGGAAUCUUUCCGAAUGCUUCUGGAAAUACUGUGUGUAA